AUGGGCUGCAUGUCCGCCAUCGUCUUCACCUGCUUCGGCGCCGCCUACGGCACCGCCAAAGCCGGCGUGGGUAUCAGCGCCAUGGGUGUCCUCAGGCCGGAUUUGAUCGUCAAGAACAUCAUCCCCGUCAUCAUGGCCGGAAUCAUCGCCAUCUACGGCCUCGUCGUCUCCGUCCUCAUCUCCAACAACCUGCAGCAAGAAUCCUCCCUCUUCGCCAACUUCAUCCAGCUCGGUGCCGGCUUGUCCGUAGGUCUGGCCGGUCUCGCCGCCGGGUUCGCGAUUGGAAUUGUCGGUGAUGCUGGUGUGCGUGGUACAGCCCAGCAGCCCCGACUCUUCGUGGGCAUGAUUUUGAUUCUCAUUUUUGCCGAGGUGCUUGGUCUUUACGGUCUCAUUGUCGCUCUGCUCAUGAACUCGAGGGCGGGCGAUUCCAAGUGCUAG